AUGGCUCCAUUUGAAACAGAGGAGUUGGAGCAGUUGCAGAAGGAAAUCAUUGCUAAGAAUCCAACCGAUGUCUUGCAGUUUUGUGCCAAUUACUUCAAUUCGAAGUUAGCUUUACAGAGAAACCACUUAUGGCAAGUUGAGGCCAAGGCAAAAGCUGCUGGAAUUGAUGUUUUUCCUCAACUCGAGGGCGGUGCCAUCGACUCCAAUGGACAAGGAACCAUUCCUUGUGCCCGUCAGCCUUCUUUUAAGUCGCCAUUUGGUGACAAUGACCCUCAUUCCGAUCACACCAAUCGUAGUGAUGACCCACACGGACAUGAAAAGGAAGACAGUGCCGGUCUUUUCAAAGGUUUUGGCGCAGGCAAGAAGCCUCAAAAUGCUCCAGCAUCUGAACUCGAUCCUAACGAUCCUUCCACUCCCCUGGAUGCUGCUCCUAAACCUGCCAACAAGCUUCCUUUAGCGUUUAACGCCAACAGAAGAACCUCCGUCUCAGCUGAGGCUAUGAAUCCAGACAAGUUCAAGUCUGACUCAUGGAAGCCACCAGUCAAUGACCUUACUGAGGAACAGAGACUGGAAUUGGCUAAGACAUUAUCCCUGAACUUUUUGUUCCAGCAAUUGGAUAAGAAGGCAAAGGCAACUGUGGUUGCAGCUUUGCAAAAGAAGCAGUAUGGUCAAGGUACCGAAAUUAUUACACAAGGUGAUGUUGGUGACUUUUUCUACAUAAUCGAGUCUGGUACUGUCGAUUUCUAUGUUAACGGCGCCAGAGUCAACACUUCCAGCGACGGCUCUUCCUUCGGUGAGCUCGCUCUCAUGUACAAUUCUCCUAGAGCUGCUACAGCUACCGCCGCUUCAGAUGUGACAUGUUGGGCUUUGGACAGAGCAACCUUCCGUCGUAUCUUGUUGGAGGGUACAUUCAACAGAAGAAUCAUGUACGAAGACUUCUUGAAGGACGUUACCGUCUUGUCAGGCUUGACGCAUCAAGAAAGAUCAAAGCUUGCUGAUGCCUUGAGUACAGAGAUGUUCCACGCUGGUGACAACAUUGUCACUGAAGGAGAGACUGGAGACAAGUUCUACCUUAUCGAGAGUGGAACUUGUGAAAUCUCCAAGCAAAGCGAAGGUGUCAUUGGCACUAUUGGCAAGGGCAAUUAUUUUGGUGAGGUUGCCUUGUUGAAUGACUUACCCAGACAAGCCACUGUCAAGGCUUUGGACAAUGUCAUCGUUGCUACCUUGGACAAGUCCGGCUUCACCCGUUUGCUAGGACCAGCCCUCGACCUCUUGAGAGAGCAUGAUCCAACCGCCGCUUCCUCCCACUAG